ACAACACUCGCAUUCAUUACAGUCCAGCCACCAAGGCGCAGGCCAGGGCGCAGCGCUCGACCUUUUGGUCGCCCAGCCACGGUAAGUUCACACUGUGUCUGACCUGCGAGCCUGACCACCACAAAAAACCAUCUGUAGGGCGCCCGCGGCCGCGGCCCCUGCCCGCACGCACCUUUACCCUUCAGGGUGUUGAAGGGUGCAAUUCUGUGCGACGAGCACCCAAGCCUAACGACGGGGAGUAAUGGACCCCACCGGGUCAGCGCUUUCCUUCCCUGACGCCGCUUACGCGCUAUUCAACACAGGCCAGCUGGGGCCGCUUUCAGCUCCCAGGCUACAGCGCACUUGCCUAAGCCGCACCUGCUGCCCCGCACACUCCCUUGCCACCCUCAACCCACAGUAGGGCCCACCCUGCGCCACUCGCGCCGCCUCGCCCGCCCGCCGCGGAGGCGCAGCAGCGCUCCGCGCGACACGCCAACACAGCUCCGCUGCGCCGCCACAACGUGCUGCAGCGUGAAUGAGCGGCGGCGGCGGCGGCGAUAGCAGCCGCCUGGCCAGCGGCACCACCAGCAGCAACCCUGCGGCCGCGGUCGCCGCGCCGGCUGCAGCCGACACCGGCGGUGCCGGUCACGUGCCGCUGGCGCUGCUGCUGUGGGAUGUGGCUACCGGAGCGGCGGCCGUUAUGGUCGCGGUCGCGGCUGGCAUGCUGUGCGUGCGUGACUGCCUCCAGGUGCUCGCCGGCAGCUCCUUCGGCUUCGGCGCCGCCGCCAACACUGGCAGCGGCGCCGGUGGGCCGGGACCCCAGGUGACUUCAGGCAGCAGCCAUCAGCAGCAGGCCGCCGGCCCUGCGGCAGUGUGGGAGCAGCGCACGCUGUGGAUUGCGCUGCGCGCCCUCAUGCCGCUGCUACUGACGCUGCUGCUGCUACCGCUGCCGGUCAGGGGUGUGUGGGCGCGCCUGUGGCCGCAGCGGCGGCAGCCCUCUCGCGCCUCCGCGGCGGAUGCUGGAAACGCCACCGCCGAACAACUCACAGCCGCACCAGCUGACGCCAGCCCGCGGCCCUGGUACGUCUCGCGCCGCAACCCCGCCGGCGCCAUCCCUGCACUGGCCGCCGCCGCCACCGUUCCUCCUCAGCGCCUAUCAGACGAUGGCACCACGGCAGACGCGGCAGCCCAAGAUGCCGGCGGCGGCGCCGCCUGCCGCCAGCACCACCAGCAGCAGCACGCUGCGCUCACCAUGGCCAUCACGAGCUCCUUGUACGGCAGCAGCACUACUGCGGGCGCCAUCGCCUUUGCAGGAGGUGUUGGUGGGUGCCAGCGCAGCGCCGCCGCCGGCAGCGUAGCACAGCUGCACCCCACCGCUGGCCCCACCGAGAGCGGCGGCGCGAGGGGCAGGCGUGUCAUCGGGCUGGUCAGGGCGCGGUGCUGGAGCCUGGGUUCCGGUGGGCUGCAGGACUGCCACAUCGCCCAGACCGGCGGCGCUACAGCCAAAGCAGCCGUGUCGGCUGCGGCCUCGGCGGCGGCAAGCGGCGUGGGCAGCGCGCUGCGCCGCAGCCUGGACUCGGUGCUAGGGGCUGGUGGCGGCAGCGGCUGCCGGCGUGCCCCCGCAGCCUCAUUGCGGUACGGCAUGGGUGGGAUUGAGCCAGUGCAUGCGGCAGCGGCAGAUACUGCAGCGGCACCUACUGCAGCGGCAGUGCACAUGCGUGCCGCCGCUGAGGAGCCGCCGCUGAGGCCAGUGCUUAAGACAGGCAGUGCCUUGGAGCUGCCUCAACACCACCGCGCCGCAGCGAUGGAGGCCGCCGGCAGCAGCGCACCGAGCGGCAUUGUCGGCGCUGCACCUCCACCCCCGCCUCCAGCCCCGCCUCCAGCCCCGCCUUCGGUCCCGCUUCCUCCUAUGCUGCCUUUGCGCCUGCCUGCCGUGCCGUCGCCGUUUACAAAUGCCCCGCCGCUGCCACCCCCCGGCCCGCCGGCAUCGCUGGGUCAAGCUGCCGCCGCGCGCAGCGCCGCCGCGGCCGUGGUGCUGGGCAUGCAGCGCAGCAGCGGCAGCCUGGCCAGCAGCGGCGGCCUGCAGGGCAGCGCCAGCACUGGCAGUGACUGCGGCAGCGGCAUCAGCGCCGCCGCCAGCAUCCCGUGGAGGGGCGGCGGCGGUGGCCUGUCGCGCGGCCCUGGCGGGCGGCCCGUGCUGCGAGCCACGCUCGUUGGCAGGCCCAUCACCGCCGCUGCUCCUACUGGAACGCCCGACAACAACGGCCCUGCUCCCUCCGCCACCGCUGCCGUAUCCAGCAUGGCAGCGGCGGCACCGCGCUCUGUCGCCGCCGCCGCUACCGUGGCCGAUGGAGGGGCCGCCGCCGCACGCACGGGCGUCAGGCGCCCGCCGCCGGCGCCGUACGUGGGGCUCACCUGCAUGAACACAUUCAGCGUUAAGGUCCACAACCCCACCGGUAGUCACGAGUCGUACGCCCGUCGCCUCGCCGCCGCCAUGGCACCAAUGCUGCUGCGCACCGCCAGCACCUCACUAGCCGGCGCCGACAUUCACGCCAACAGCAGCAACACCUGCGACGAAAACAGCAUUGGCAACGCCAGCGGCAGAAAUCAAGCUGCCUCCACCAGCAUCACCGCCGCCGCAUCUGCUGUAACGGAGGCUGAGGCUGUGCCGGCGGCCGACCAGUCGCCGCCGCGGGAGCGACAAGCCUCAGACGAGACCGCAUGGCCGGCGUCGCCGCGGCAGCAGCAGCUUCCAGCAGCCCACUCCAUCUCCAAUCCCGAUAUGAGCAGCCUGGCCAUCGACGCAGCCAUCGCCGCCGCCACCGCCGCCGCCGCCACAGCGACUGCCAUUGCAGUUGCUGCAGCGGCAGCCCCCGCCGCAGACGUCGAGGAGCGCCCCGCCCGUUCUUUUAUUGACACCCGCUCUGGUGCCGCGGCGGCCCCGCCCGCCGCCUACACGCCGCCGCCAGCUGCUCUAAUCGGUAAUUCGGUUUCACCUGGCGCACGGCCAGCGGCUCUAAUCGCCAGCGGCACUGGCGGUCCGCCGCAGCGCCAUAGCGGCGGCGGGGGCAGCGGCGGUCGUAGCCCGCAGCCCACGGGCGGCUAUGUGGUGGUGCACGGCUGCGUGCAGCUGAUCGCCUGGGCAAGGGAGGUAGCCGGGUGGAAACCAGGCAGCGGCGGCGGCGGUGCCGCCGCCGCCGCAACCAAGUCAUUGCCGCUGCCGCGGCCUCCAUCGCCCGCGCCGCCGCCGGGACUGACCAGGGCGGACAGCUUUCUGUUGCUGUCGUCGCCGGCUGCCGAGUUUGAGGACGGCGUGCUGGACGAGGCGGACCCAGAUGCAGGGGAGCGGAAGGAGGCAGGAAUGGGGCUGGAGGUGCGGCCGCGCGGCAGUAGUGGUGGCGGCAGUGGUGGCGGCGGUGGCGGCAGCCGGGGCGGCUGGCGGCGGCAGCUUCAGCAACUCCUGCCGGACUGUGAUGCCAUCGGUCCGUGGGGCAUGCAGCUGUGGCGGCGGCGGGAGGCGCUACAGCCUGAGCUCCUGGUCCCCACCGGCGGUGGCAGUAGCUGUACUGCCAGCACCUGCGGCGCCCUGCUGUGUGGGCCGUUCUGUGUGCCCAUCGCGCCCGCCUCCUCGCCGCCUCUGGAGCUGGAGCUGGGCCUGACGUCUGCGGCGCCCCAGACGCUGCGGCUGCUGCUGGUGCAGCACGGCACGCUGCUCGCGGACUUCACCUGCGUGCUGGGCGAGGGGCCGCAGGUGCUGCUGCUGCCGGUGCCGCCGCAGCCGCAGCCCACCGUCAUGCAGCUCGUGUUCGCGCCCGCCGCCGGCGCCGCCACCGCAAGCACGCCCCUGCUGUACGACAUCGCCACACUGCUCGCCGUACCGGAUGACGUGGCGGCUGAGCUGGCGGAGCUGAGUCAGGUGAUGCGCAUGGAAUACGGAGACGGUGGCGGCGCGGCCAACACCAGCACUGGCGGCGGCGGUGCGUGGCGGGACCACUACGCGCCACUCAUCUCCGAUCUCGCCUACAUCAUGGAGAGGGCCGCGUCCGGCGCCGUAGCCGCUGCAGCAGGCACAGCUGCUGUCGGUAUUGACGCUGCUGCGGAUGACCCGGUGUGGGCCGUGGCCCAGCACCUCCACGCCUACCUAGCGCUGCUGCAGGCGUCAGCAGCGGCAGACGCCCCGGCGCCCGAGCGCGGUGCUGAGACUCCGCCUCAGGCCGCCAUCUCUGCGAACGCUGCGGUGGCGGCGACAGGCGGCGCUUCGGCAGCGGCGGCCCCUGCAGCCGUAGCCCGGGCGCCGGCCACUGCCGCCUUCGUGGCGGAGGCCCUGCGCCAGGCACUGUUGGCUUAAUCUUAGGAUUGACACAUUGAAAUUUACUAAAACCAAUUCCAUUUGUUUCUACGCCAGCAGAGUCGCCUGUUGGCUUACGAAGGCGGCGGUCCCGGUUAGAUGGGCUGCGUCGUUUCGGUUAGACAUGCGGAUUUGGGCAGAUCAGGAAAGGGUCUGGCCGGCCACUGCAGCAUCCACUCACUGGUUGCGCCCUUUGGGCGCGUCGCACCAUUUAAUCUGCAUGAAGAUGGGCACGUGGGAGUGUGGAUUUAGUUACCGAGCCUUAAUUCUAAUGCAGUAUUCGAGAGUUUGUAGUAGAGAGGAGUGAGAGGAGUUUGUCAUAGAGGGGUGCGACGGUCACUUGCUUGGUCAUCCUGUUGUGUUGCUGCUGCCGUGUCUCAUGCAUGUGAUUGUGAAAUGCUCAAGCUUUGGCAGCGUUUCACAUGCAUGCUGCUCACACGCACGAAUGAUGAGGUAUACAUGGGGGAGACCGGCAUUAGUGCGUAUGACCACAUAGGCACGCAUACAGCUGUACGCACGCAUACCUGCAGGUACCGACGGAACAUUCACCCCGUAGCACCGCUGCUUGAACCCACGAUAGGCAGGCACACACGAAGAGUCGGCCCGCCAUGACCUGGACAUGAGGCAUACAAAAUGCCACGGUUUAGAUGCGCUGUUUGGGUUAUGUCGGGGCUUGUUCUUAUGAUUUAUGAUGCAUGAUAUCUGUUUGCCUUGGAUUAUAAUAAUAUCAACCUGCGAGGAGAUGGGACGGGCGCGCUGGGAGGCGUAGUUGCAGUCGCGCCCUGUCCAUUUAGAGGGUGGCGCGGAGGUACGGAGGCGACGCGGGGAUACGGAGUGGUGCGGCUGGGGCGCGGCGCCUGGACGAGGGGGGGGGGCUGAGGAACCCGAUAAACCCGAGACCAGGAAAGGAUGGUUAGGACGCGGACAUGUAAAAAUAAGGCGCCGCCUGUCCAUUUUGAGGGUGGCGCGGAGGUAUGGAGAUGACAGGGGUAUGCGGAGAUGGUACAGUGCUUGGCUGAUGGCAAGGAUUUGCCGCCAGCUGACACCCACAAAAUGGCAACGUAAAUGGAAGUAAGGGACAACCGCCAGCCGGCAUAUGGCAAACAUGUGGAGGUUUUGGCAAUGUGGCGAUGGUGCAGCGUGCGUGCAGCGGACGGUGUGACGUAUGUACGAAACGGGCGCAGGACGAGGAAACAGGUACGGCACCCAUGCGCACGGAGCGAGCGGGCAGCAGGUGGUAUGGGUCUUUUGAGAGCGUGUCUCAAAUGGAUGCCGCACGGAAGGUGCGCUCCACGGCAAGGCCUGAUACAGCGUUGUCAAACAGACGCACGGAGGCUCAUGAACAUAGAAAUGGGGUGUUGAGGCCGUCGGCAGUAAUGACCGGCAACGGAUCACGCUUGGGGAGUAGCGUGAAUGUCCUGGUUGAAAUGCCGAGUCGUGGAGAGUCUGCGGUGUAUGAUGAUUAGAGGAGGAAGUCGGCGCGCACGCAUGGGCUGUUUCACCACUGCAACGGAUGACAAAGUGCCCAAGAGGCACAAGGUGAAACGCACAAAACUUUGGUCGACUGGGCCAGUGCAAUAAGGCAAGAGAUUCAAUUGUUUUGCUAGGUAUUUACGGUACACACCGACACCUUUUGCUAGGCCGCUUGUUGGUGCCGCACAGCUAAUAAGCAAGCAAGUGUGGGUUGCAUUUGCUUGGGCAGGUGACGCAGGUUGGCCCAGGAGACGAGUCUAUGAAGUGGUUUGGUACGUUGCAUUGGGUCACCCGUUGAUGUGGGCCACGGGCGGGGUGCGCCAGCACUAAUUUGUGGACAUCAGUUGCACGGGGUGUGCGGAAGGGUGUAUACCAGGUGUGGACAGGCCUGCUGCGAGGCGUGGCCCCGACGCAACACGUGGCGUAGGGAUACGACUUAUCCGGUAGGACGUGAGGCGUGGCCGCACACUUCGCCCAGGCAAGAACAACGUGUUGGGCACCGUGCAGUGAUGGGGGUUAUGUCUUUUCGGUGGGGGUUGACGCACGAGAGUUGGCGAUUGUAACAUGCGCACAUG